UGUCAGUAUAAUUCUUCCGCGAUUUGGAUUUAAUUUUCGCAGCGUGAUUGCAUUUUAAUUUUAUUUCGCUUAAAAAGUUUCCUUUUUCCGCAAUAAAAAAUGGAUCACAAAAACACCCUACGUGUCCACAAUGGUGAUAAGGAUAACACAAAUGGAGAAGAAGUCAAGACGCCGUUUCUCAUAGGUGUUGCUGGUGGAACAGCAAGUGGAAAGUCAACCGUGUGCAAGAAAAUUAUGGAACAACUAGGGCAAGCUGACAUGGACCAUGCUCAGCGUCAGGUGGUAACAAUAAGUCAAGAUUGUUUUUAUCGCGAAUUGACACCCGCUGAGAAAAUCAAAGCCCAAAAAGGACUCUUUAAUUUUGACCAUCCAGAUGCUUUCAAUGAGAAACUAAUGUUUGAGACACUCCAAUCAAUAUUAAAGGGACUUAAAGUUGAUAUUCCAACUUAUGAUUACAAAUCAAAUUCUUUGGACUUUGAAAACACAAUGACUAUCUAUCCAGCUGAUGUUGUUCUCUUUGAAGGAAUACUUGUUUUCUAUUUUCCAAAAAUAAGAGAAUUAUUUCAUAUGAAGCUGUUUGUUGAUACCGAUUCUGAUACAAGGUUGGCACGCAGAGUACCAAGAGACAUAAAUGAACGUGGACGUGACUUGGACCAGGUACUCACGCAGUAUAUGACUUUUGUUAAGCCGGCUUUUGAAGAAUUCUGUUCACCAACCAAAAAAUUCGCAGAUGUCAUAAUACCCCGAGGAGCUGAUAAUACUGCUGAGAAAAAAAGAGAAAAACCAAAGUUCCAGCCAGUUUUCUUUGCUUGUUAUUGUUCUUUACAGUUGCUAUUGAUCUCAUUGUUCAUCAUAUUGGAGAAAUACUAAGGCCUGGCGGCACACCAAAUAACUCAACAUCAACAACGCAUUUCGUCAUGAAAAGUGAACAUUAGGAGUUUAGUUUUAUUUAUUUUAAGAAAGCAAAACUAAUUAAAAGCACCUAGCAUUUAAAAACAAAAUAUAAUAAUAAUAAACAAAAUAAAUACAACAGAUACACGUAUUAACAACUGUAGGAAAAUAUCUUUUAAACAAAAACAUUUAAGCUAUAUCAAAGUUCGCAAUAACUUUUUUACGUUAUACAAUAAGUUUUAUUGUUUGGUUUGUUAUACUAAUUUAAUAUAUAUAUAUACAUUUAUAUAUUAAAGUAAA